AUGGGCGGUUCAGCGUUCGCCCUUCGUGUUCCGCCGCUCAACACACCUCGUAUGCCAUCCGAGAUCUAUACCAGGGUGCUUCAGCAUACACUUGCGCUGCUUCAAAGUCACUAUGAAUAUUGCGCCGCACCUAUUGAAGGUCCUGGUAAAACAACAUUCGGAGAUGUCGACGUACUUGUGGCUUCACCUGUUUCCGAGAGCUAUAGCCCGUUUUUGAAAAACAGUUUCAUACUCAUGAAGCCAGUUGCGGAGAAGCUCAAGACUCUUCUUAAUGCAGAAGCUCUGAUAACUACAGCGGGAAAUCCGACAGUCAAUUUUGCUGUCCCAUGGCCAGAUGACAAUUAUCAGAGCGCUUCGGACAAGAGAUAUGUUCAAGUUGACGUUCACCAUCUUCCGACAGCAGAGAGAUUUCAAUGGGAGCUCUUUCACUCAGCGCAUGGUGAUUUAUGGAACAUUCUCGGUGCGACAAUUAGGCCUUUCGGGCUCACUGCAAAUGAUGUCGGGUUGUACUUGAGGAUCCCGGAGAUCGAAGCUCUGGAUAAGAAAAAGAGUUUGAUAUUCCUCACAUCUGACCCUAAACGAGUUCUAGAUUUCCUGGGCUUGGAUGAGGACAAAUGGUGGAAACAAUUUGAAACUCAGGGGGAGAUGUUCCAAUACGCCACAAAGAACAGAAUGUUUUGGGUGAAAGAGGAGGCAGAUGAUGUAAAAGAAGGAGAUGUGUUGACCAAUGUUGAUUUAGGACAGGAGGGUGGCGAUGCUGGGAAAAAGAAAUUGAAGCACAAUGAUCGGCAGAGGAUGGCAAAGCGGCCAAUCUUUAGGGCUUGGAUCGAUGAGUUUAUUCCAAUGCUAAGGAAGCAGGGGGGUCCUAAAGAGCCCGAAAUUACAAGAGAACAGAUUCGAGAUGAGGCAUUUUAUAAGUUCGGUGUCCGAGAGGUCUACGAAAAACGAUUAAAAGACUGGCAGCUCGCAAGGCAUCUUGAAGAGCUAAAGCGAGACAUGAUCAAAGGUCAAAUACCGCCAGUCGAAGAGAUUCCCGAGGGUCCUCCUUUUAGGUCUGCUGCAAUUCGAAUGCUGAUCGAUGUUAUUAUGGGGGGAAAAGAAUUUGAUGGUACAAUCCCACCCGCAGCGAGGAAGAGCGAGGAAGGCUUUUAUGAUCUUGACUUGGUUCAAUCAUUCAUAACGUUGAACUGGAGAAGAGCUGGCGAGUUGGGUUUGGCUCACCAACAGGUUCGAGCGAUGGAGACUAUGAGGGCUAAGGAGCAGAAGAAGCGUAAAGCCGCCGAAGAGAUGGAUCGACACGCAUGCGCGGCUGGACCUAUUUAA